AUGAGAAUGAAACCCACCCGCAACCUCUUCCUGGGCCUGUGCUCCAUGAUGGCCCUGGGAUUCCUCUACUACUCGUCUGGGAGGAUCAGUAUGAAAGGCUGGAAGCACUCCAGCAUGUAUGACAAACAAGGGUUCCUUCUGAAGCUGGAUGGCAGUCUGCCGUUAGAGCUGAUGUACAAGUACGGCAAUCUCAGUGAGGGAGCCUGUAAGCCUGGCUAUGCAGCUGCUAAGAUGACAGCCAUCUAUCCAAGGUUCAACAAACUGGCGCCAAUGUUCAUUGAUCCAAAUUACAAACGAUUCUACCAAGAUUGGUGAUUACCGCCUCCAUUUGGUGUGAGGUCCCAAGAAAAUCUCAUAGAUAUUCUUCUGUCAGCCACUCAGAACUACGGCCUUGGGGAGGAUCUUGACAGGUAAGUGGGUUCUAGAUGUUCAACUUGCAUCAUCGUAGGGAAUGGAGGAAUCCUCGCCAACAAGUCUCUGGGACAGAGGAUCGAUGAGUUCGAUGUGGUGGUCAGGUUAAACGAGGCUCCAGUGAAAGGCUUUGAGAAAGAUGUGGGCUCCAAGACCACCAUGAGGAUCACCUACCCAGAGGGGGCCAUCCAGAAGGCAGAGCGCUACGAGCCUGAGUCCCUGUUCGUCCUCUCUGCCUUUAAAGCUCUGGACUUCAAGUGGCUGCGACACAUGAUCUUCAGCCAGAAGCUGCUCAGCACUGAUGGGUUCUGGAAGUCGGUGGCCAAGAGCGUUCCAAGGGAGCCCAGCGACAUGCGCAUCCUGAACCCCUACUUCAUCCAGGAGGCCUCCUUCAAGCUGAUUGGCUUACCUCACAACCGUGGACAGAUGGGCCGAGGGAAUAUACCAACCCUGGGGACAGUUGCCAUAACGAUGGCCCUUCACAACUGUGAUGAGGUAGCUGUGGCUGGAUUUGGCUACAACAUGAGCACCCCCCACGCCCCUCUGCAUUACUAUGAGAAGAUCAGGAUGUCAGCUAUCAAAGAGUCCUGGACUCACAACAUAUCGAAAGAGAAGAAGUUCCUGCUGAAGCUGGUGAAGGCUGGAGUCAUCCAGGACAGGACCAACGGAAUCUGUGGAGCAGGAUGCUGAUGCUCUCCACUGCAAGACUUGUGAAUGCAGCGCACCUCUACCUGCUCUGUAACCUGAAGAGAGAAGGCUCUCAGCAGAGAGCAGCAGCUGUCACACUGUGGUCAGUGCAGAGAGACCAGAACACACUGUCCUGCUGCUGUAUUGAAAUAUUUCAAGCAAUAUGCCUCUGUUUCAAGCUCCUCUUAGCCGCAUAUUUACUGGAAUGUGGUGCCCCGGCUCAGGUAUAUCUUCCGUUUUGGGGAUCAGCACCUAGAUCUGCUGCAGGCUGAGGAGAGGAGGAUAGGAUGAAGAGAUGUUGGGUUCAAAACAUUGAGCAUGUGCCAAGUAUAACUCUACAAGUGUCCUUCUGCUCACAGAUCUGAAUGUAAGUUGCAUUAAACAUAUCGUCACAUAUUUA